AGACACCGAGACCUGCUCCCUGAUGACCAUAAGGACGGAAUGUACUGGGAACGUCGCAGGAAGAACAACGAGUCAGCCCGCAAGUCUCGCGAGAAGCGACGAGUGCACGACAUGGCACUAGAGGGCCGGAUCUGCUCCCUGGAAGACGACAACACAAAACUGAGGCGGGAACUCCUAGCCUUGAAGAAGAAGUUCAAUCUGCCAGAGAGCCAGCCGGUGAUAGUGGAGGAGGAGUCUGAGGAGAAAGCCUCGCCCCCUUCACGUCGUGUUAACGUUUCUCCGCCCCGGACGAAGAAUCAGGGUCAGUCCGCAAUGCUUCAUUCUCCUGUAAGGGGCAUGUCGAGCAAGCCUUCUGGCCCCUCCCAUAUGGCGUACAACUCCCCGCCCCCUUUGCUAGCAGUAGCCGGAGCGAUGCCUAUGGGCGUGGCUAUGUAUCCAGACUCCUCCCCCGGGCUCCCAUACUUUAUGUCAGAAUCCUCCCGCGCGGGCCAGGAGGGGGUGAAAUCUGUGAUGCCUUCAGGGCUGUCUCACCACCGGCACCAGCUGCCGAGCAGGCCGCAGCAGCAACAACAGCACCACCAUCACCACCACCAUCAGCUCCCACACCCACCACUCCCCGUGGAUGUUCUGAAACACGAGCCCAUGGAGGAAGGCGAGGUUCGAACCCGGGAGCGCAGCAACAGUAGCGUGGAGCGCCGUCCCAGCCUGCAUCUAGACCUCCCGGACACACCCAUGCUGAGGCGGGGGAGUGUGGGCAGCUUCCCACCCUACCCCCACCCCUCCCUCAGCCCCCACCCCGUCCCCAGCACUCAAGUCAGCCACCACCACCACCAUCACCAUCACGCCACACCCCACACUUAUCCCAACCCGCACCUCAACCCAGCCUCUGGCAGUAGUAACCCCUCCCACUUUUUCCCGCGCAGCUACGAGAGCUACGCACCCCCGCCCCGCCCCGUGCGCUCCCCAGUCUCCUCUCACAGCAGCGACGACAACUACGACGAACCGCUCCAGCUCACGGUCCGCCGCGACAGCGCCGUCAGUAACCAAAGCAACCAGCAGCACGAUGACAGCAGCCGAGAGUCGGAGCCUGGAUGUGUGAUGGGCGGGGACAACAAACCCGCGUCCGUGAGCCCGCCUGCCUCCGCCUUCCCUCUGAAACUACGUCACAAGCUCCCAUCCCACGAGCUGGCUUACCCUAAGGAGAUGUUCCCCAGUAUGGCGGCGACAGCUGCGGUCUCCGCAGCCCAGCCCUCUUUCCCAACUCACCCAUUCAUGAACGGCCUGGCCCACCUGUCGGACAUGGCUCUCUCCCAGACAAACCCACUGUCACUGGUGAAAUCCGAGAACCCUCCCGCCCCCUCGCACUACGGCAGACAAAGGAAAGAGUCCUCCAGCCGCUCUGCUUUGAGACGGAACAGCAACGAGACCAAGUAUAUGGACCCCAAGUACCUGGAGCGAAGACGACGCAACAACGAGGCGGCAAGGAAGUGUCGGGAAAAUAGGAAAGCGUUGACAAAACUCAGGGAGGCCAAAUCCGAUUACUUGGAGAGUGAAAACAGUAAGCUGAGGGACGAGCUGACCAGUCUGCAGGAGGAGAUGAAACAGCUGCGGGAACUCAUUGAGAAGAAGCGGUUAGAGCAGGGGAUCAAGGAGGAGCCUCACGCUGAGUCAUGAUGAGAAGAGGCGGAGCGAAAUUAUCUGACAUUUUCCACGCCAUGAACGGUCCCGAGAAAGAGGCGUAUUUCAAGUGCCAAGCUCGACGUGACAAACGCCCAUACGGAGCUCUCGAGAAGUCGAAGAGAUGGCGCGGACCAAUGAUUUGUGGGCUAGCAAAACGAGACAGACAUAAUUAUUUGUCAUGAAAUGACGGUCAGUCAGCUGACCUUUUUCCUCCUCUGAAAUCACACGACGCACCACCUCAUCAUUUUAUUGAGCGUGUGUGUCCGUUGUGCGGAGAGACGGUACAUGAUCUCGUUCUGACGUCAUUCUUGUAGAGGAACUGCGACUUUCGGAAAUCCCGGAAGUUUGACUAUGUAUGAGUGUAUCGCUCACAGCUGAGACUGCCGCCCAAUAGGACACGGCCGGUCCUGACUUGACCCAACGUCACUCUUUGCUGGACAAAACGAGGAGAAAGUUGCAGUACUUAUGAUGGCCACAAGCUGGUCUCGCAUUCAGCGCAGGCUUGAAGUCUGGGGACAGUGGUCGGUGACGUUGCUUUCUGGUGAUGUUAGAAAUUGCUUUAAAAGCAUUUUUAUCACACCACAUGCCUGCCGGAAUUGACACACUUCCGCGAAGGUCAAAAAUAGCUUCUGAUCUUAGCAAUCAUGUUCCACUCCAGACAGACAAU